AUGUUCACCUCUGCUGCUACAAGCUUUAGGGUCUUCAACAUACUCAAAUGCUCAAAAUACACCUUUCUACGCACCACCACCUACAUGGCUGCGCCACCCUCAACCACCGUCUGUUCCGGUGCCCUCUCUAUUGAUUCUUCCGCCGAUGCGUCUCCUUCAUCUGGAGACCAUGGAAGAUACAUCAAUGAAGCAAGACCCACGUCACCCAUCACUAUUAGCCUACAAGAAUGGCAGGCCUGGGGUACUGAUUCCCCAUUACCCACACAAGUGGCGGAAAUCGUCGAGGAAAUGAUCGUUUCAGAGACAGAAAGCGAUGCCCAGAUGAAAUUUGGUGGACUUGGUGGUAAACUCAAGGGGGACUUCAAGACACAAGAAGAUAAAAAACACAGAGCAAAAUACAGGGCUUUAGAUGAUUCUGAACAAAAGCUCCAUUUCUUUUCAGCUCGACAAAUAGCAUGUCGUUUACUUGGAAGCAGAGGUUACCUUUGCCAAAAGUGUUGGCUUCCUCUUGAAGAUUGCAUGUGUUCGAGUGUUGUGCCUUGUUCUCUUUGGCAUAGGAUGCGGUUUUGGUUAUAUAUGCAUCCAAAGGAUUUCUUGAGGCAAAACAACACAGGGAAGUUAUUAUGGCAAGUAUUUGGCAUUAAUGCAGCUACAUUAUGCAUAUAUGGGAUAGCUGAACAUGAAGAAAUAAUGUGGAAAGCAUUCAUGCAUUCAGGGAGAAAUAAUGUUUGGUGUCUUUAUCCAAAUAAGAAUGCACCUACAAAGUCUGUUGAAGAUAGCUUCAAUGGAAAUAUGUCAACAAGUUUUCUUCAUGAACCACAUUCGACAAAUUCGAGUGAAAUAAUGAACUUUAUCUUGAUUGAUGGUACAUGGAGCAAUUCGGCUGCAAUGUUUAGGCGUUUGAAGGAACGAGCAGAUUUAGUAUGGGGGGAGGAUCUUCCGUGCAUCUCACUCACCACAGGCGUAUCCGCAAUGCAUAAACUUCGGCCGCAACCAUCAUGGGACCGGACGUGUACAGCCGCAGCAGCGAUUGGGCUGCUAGAUGAGUUACAUCUUGUUUCGGAAUUUGAGUCAUUAGAGUUGAAUAAACAAGCGGAAGCAGUUGAGAAUAGUGUAGAUGUGUUAUUGGCAUCACUUACGGGUCGAAGGCUUCGUAUGGGUCGCUCCAUUACUCGUAGACUAAGACACCAUGAUGACAUUUGUUAGUUUAGUUUUUUUUUUUUAGAAUAAAUACUCGUGAUCAUAAUUGAAAAAAGAACACAAC